UCUAAUGCUCUACUUAUGGCUAAGGAAAUUCAACCAGAGCCAGCAAUGUUCGAUAUGGUGGAGCCACUAAGAGCGACUAGGGACGGAUAUUUAAUGUCCUUCAACCUAGGGACACCGCCUCAAGUCAUACAAGUCUAUAUGGACUCAGGAAGCGACCUUACUUGGGUUCCUUGUGGAAAUGUAUCCUUUGAUUGUAUAGAAUGUGAUCAAUAUUAUAGGAUAAAUAGGUUAACAAGUGCAUUUUCUCCCUUAAAUUCAUCUUCCUCUCUUAGGAUUUCUUGUUCUAGUCCUUUUUGCACCCAAAUCCAUAAUUCUGAUAGCUCAUAUGAUCCAUGUGUUAUGGCUGGAUGCUCAUUGAAUACCCUUCUUAAGGGCACAUGUUCUAGGCCAUGCCCUUCAUUUGCUUACACGUAUGGGGGUGGCGGUGUUGUAACCGGGACAUUAGCCAAGGACUUACUAAGAGUCCAUAGUACCGGCCCUAGUAGUACCACGAAAGACUUUCAACGAUUUCGUUUUGGAUGUAUAAGGCAAGCUUAUAAGGAACCUUUAGGAAUAGCAGGGUUUGGAAGAGGCUCACUCUCAUUACUAUCACAACUAGGGUAUCUUAAUAAAGGUUUCUCCCAUUGUUUUGUGUCCUUCAAAUUUGCUAGUAAUCCUAAUAUUUCGAGCCCUCUAAUCAUUGGCGACGAGGCUAUCUCUUCCAAGGAGUCAUCCAAAUUUACUCCAUUGUUGACUAACCCUACAUACCCUAACUACUACUACAUUGGCCUAGAAGCCAUUACAAUAAGCAAUAUGAGCAUGAAAGAAGUACCAAUGAAGUUGAGAGAGUUCGAUGCUAAGGGCAACGGAGGGAUGAUGAUUGACUCCGGAACCACAUAUACACAUUUACCCGAACCCUUGUACUCACAACUCCUCCUAGACCUUCAAUCAGCCAUCCAACAUCCUCGAGCCAUUGAGCAAGAAAAACAAACCGGAUUUGACCUUUGUUAUUACAUCCCAUGCCCUAACAACAAUGGAAGUAGUAAUUGCUUGGAGAAUGAUGAUCUCCCUUCAAUUACAUUCCAUUUCUUAGAUAAUGUGAGCUUGUUUGUGCCAAGGGCUAAUAAUUUCUACGCCAUUCGUCCGCCAAGUAACUCUAGUGUGGUGAAAUGCUUGUUAUACCAAGGUAUGAACGACGAAAAUGAUGGUAAUGAUAGUGGUGGUCCGGCUGCUAUUUUUGGAAACUUUCAGCAACAAAAUGUUGAGGUUGUUUAUGACUUGAUGAAUGAGAGAAUUGGGUUUAAUCCAAUGGAUUGUGCUGCUGCCUCUUCAUCACCUCAAGUACUUCGGUCAUAGGGUCUUAAAAAAUAAAAAAAUUACUCUUGCAAGUUACAACACCAAAAAUAAUACAAUAAUACACCCUCCGUCUCAUUUUCAUUUUUCUCAUUUAACCAAAAAGCUUUCACUAAAAACAAUAGCGGUAGACGGAGGGAGUAACCACUAGAUAGUAUACGUACGGAAAUUUCACGUGCAAGAAAAGAUUUUUGGAAAAAUUAUGAUAGGAAGUAUUACUCUCUUAGCUCCGUUCUUGUAUACUUACAACACUUUAUUUCUAUAUGGUAUAAGAUCACUAUUGUUUAAGUGUUUCCCUUCCCAAUAAAUAAUCCCACUUGCAAUUUUAUUUUUCCCUUUCUAGUCACUUUUUAUCAAUAACUCAAAACCAUAACAUAAUUUUAUUUUUCCCUUUCUAAUCACUUUUUAUCUCGUCCAAAUGUUUCCAAGGUUUUUUUCUUAGUCGAUUGACAAUUAAUUUAUACCAAUUGGUUGUUGGUGUAUUGGUGAUUGGGGCUACACUUGAUAGGGAAGAUCGCGUGUUCGAUCCCCCACAACAACAAUUGGGAGGGGAUUGGAACCUAACCACCCAGAACUGAUCCCAAAAUCCGAAUUAGCCCAAA